AUGGUUAAUGAAACCGUAAGUUCAGUAGUGAAUAGUACUAUUGCUGACUAUACUGAGUUUUUCUCCGCCGCUGCUGAACCACAAAUCGUUCUAUCCGCUAAACCUUCUUUGGUCCAAGGUAUUCCUGAUGGUAUCUUGGCAUUGAUCGCUCCAGUAGUAGCCUACUGGACCUUCUCCAUGUUCUUCCACACUUUGGAUACUUUCAACUUAGCUGAAACUUAUAGAAUUCAUCCAAGUGAAGAAGUCAAGGCAAGAAAUUUAGCAAGUAGAUUCGACGUACUAUGUGAAGUCAUCUUACAGCAUAUCAUCCAAUCCGUCGUGGGUUAUGGUUUCUACCGUUUCGAUGGUAUUUCACAAACUGGUUACGAAUCUAAUCAAAUCUGGAACAUUAAGAAGUAUCUAAUCGUUAAUCUACAUUUGAAUCAGUAUUUAAGUCUCGAAAUAAUCGACACACUAGUGAAUUAUGCUUACAAUUAUGGUAUCUCAGCCUUUAAAAUCGCUAUUGGCUUCGUUAUCAUCGACACUUGGCAAUACUGGUUACACAGAUUAAUGCAUCUAAACAAAACUCUUUACAAGAAAUACCAUUCCGUCCAUCACGAAUUGUACGUUCCUUACGCCUACGGUGCCCUUUUCAAUGCCCCAUUGGAAGGUUUCUUACUGGACACUCUAGGAACCGGUAUUGCUGCUAUUCUAACCGGUUUAAGUCAAAGAGAACAAAUCAUUUUAUACACUUUUGCAACAAUGAAAACCGUCGACGAUCACUGUGGUUACGAUCUUCCAUUCGAUCCUUUCCAAAUGAUCUUCCCAAACAACUCUGUCUAUCAUGAUAUCCAUCACCAAACUUGGGGUUUGAAAUCAAACUUUGCUCAACCUUUCUUCGUCUUCUGGGAUAACGUCUGCAGCACCAAGUUUGCUCCAAUGGAUUCCGAAUUGAAAGGUGUCAAGAGAAUUAACAUCCAUCAAUACAAGAAGUUCUUGCAAAACAGAGAAAAUGAAAGAGUCGAGAAAUUAAAGAAAUUCAAGGAAUCAAUGGACGUCUCCAAUGAAGAAGACAAGAAAAUUGAUGAAACUAAGAAGAAGGAUAUGUGA